ACAGAUGAAAAGAGCACCCGUGGAGCAUGACAAAUCUUGGGCCCGUCCCUGGUUUCUAUGUCAAGACUGUAGUGUGAAGGACUAAUACCCAAAGCUCUUCAAGGCUAAGAGAAUGUGACCCUAUCUCACGUGGGAGUGUGCCACAGAAGUUCUUACCAUUUCAAGAUUUUAGCGUGGGAAGCGCCUCAGCGAUAACUGUGUGCUAAUACUGGCCCAAAAGUGUAUGAGAAAUGUCCUUGAAGCUAGCAAGAGCUCCCAUGGCAGUCAUCGUUCUUGCAGUGUGCACUACUAGCGUGGCACAGAUGAAAGCAAAAAACUCCAGUUUAAGCAAAGGAGAAGAAACGCAGGACGAGAAAACUGAUGGUAUAUGGCCGCUCAAGUUUUCGCUCAAGUCUAUUUCGCUGAUCAAAGACAUGCGAUGCUACACUGGUGUGGGCUGUUUCCGCAAGGAUGACAAGUACAGGCUAACACACCCGCUUUCGCUCCCCAGGCGGCCAAGGUACGUGAGGACUAAGUUUUACAUCUACUCUCGUAACAACACAGGCGGCCGGAGAUUGCGAACGAGAUUUCUGCGGCGAGACGGGAAGCCAUUUUUCCAAGAACGUAAGGAUCUCAUCAUCAUCGCACAUGGCUACACUCAAAAUGUCAACAGUAGCUGGCUCCAUGAACUCAAGGAGGCUCUACUGCAGGAGAAAGACUGCAAUGUGGUGAUCGUAGACUGGGGUCGUGGCUGCCGGUCACCCUUGUACCUAACAGCUGUGGGCAACACGGCCCUGGUGGGCCGGCAGAUAUCUCUGCUUGUGCAGAAGCUGUCCCGGAAAUUUGGUGGAAAUGUGACGGCCACCAAUGUGCACCUCGUCGGCUUCAGCCUGGGCGCCCAAGUGUGCGGCUUCGCGGGCCGUCACUACAAAAAACAGACUGGGACAAAGCUAGCAAGAAUUUCGGCCCUGGAUGCGGCACGGCCGCUGUUCGAGCAGUCCGAGGUGUACGUGUCCCGCACCGAUGCCGUCUUCGUCGACGCCAUCCACACAAGUUCGGGUUGGACAGUGCUGCAAAAGUCUCUCGGCAUGGGCAAGCCCUACGGACACGUCGAUUUCUACCCAAACGGCGGAAGAGAUCAGCCCGGAUGUGGAGGUCUUCUCGAGAUUGACUGCGAUCAUGGUCGGGCCCCACUCUAUUACAUUGAGUCUCUCAAGUAUCGUCACCAGUGCCGCUUCCUGACAUAUAAGUGCAAGGGCGGAAUCGAUGCCUUCCGCAGCGGCCUUUGUGAUCCUGGUCAACCCAGUGGUGAGAUGGGUUACUACAGCAAUCAAGCGCCUGGAAGGGGCCUUCAGUUCACCAAGACCAACGAGGAAUCACCAUUUUGUCUGCCAAUGAAUAUGUGAUGAGCUGCCAAACGAGAACACACGGCAAGAAUAAACAGAUGACCCGCUUCGCCGGAUAGACUGCGCUGCUUAAGGAUCAAUGUUUACCUUUCGUUUAACCAG